AUUCCGGCAAUAAUGACAACGUUACUAUGGUAACCAACUCUUCAACAAAUGAAGCAUCAAAUGAACUGGAGGACGGCAUUUACUGGAGAAUACAAGAGAUGUCUGGAGCUUUGAUACUGGCUUCACUCAUCGAGGUGAUAAUGGGAAUGUCUGGCCUCUUGAAAAUCUUGCUGCGGUAUAUUGGACCCAUAACCAUUGCCUGCACUAUCUCCCUCAUAGGGACAUCCUUGUACCGACUUCCUAUCAUUUGGGGGAGGCCUAAUUUUCCUUUAGCUAUUGGCUGCAUGGUCCUGGUAUUGGUAUUUGUCCUCUACCUCAAGAAUGUCGCCAUUCCUCUGCCAAGAUUCGGCAAAGAGAGCAAGAAGAAGCCGCGGCAGAAGUUUGCCAUUUUCCAGCUAUUGCCAAUACUCUUAGCCGUGCUGAUAAUCUGGAUUCUCACGUGGAUCCUCACCGUUUGCGGCGUGUUUACUGAUGACAAGUCUGACAUCACUUACAUGGCCAGGGCUGAUGCUAAGGCCAAUAUCAUCUCUACCUCUAGAUGGUUUCAGUUAACCUACCCUGGUCAGUUUGGGGCACCAAAAGUCAGCGUUGCGCUGACUCUGGGUUUUCUGGUCGCCUGUUUCUCAUCAAUGAUCGAGUCAGUCGGGGACUACUAUGCUGCCCAGAAGGUCUGUCAAACUCCACUGAUCCCUGACCACGCUAUUUCUAGAGGAAUCCUCAUAGAAGGGAUCGGGAGUGUUUUGUCUGCUACAGUCGGAGCGGGUCACGCUACAACAUCCUACAGUGGCAAUAUCGCUGUUCUCACUUUGACACAGACAGCAAGUCGACAGAUCAUGUACGCUGCUGGUUUCCUUCUGUUGUGUAUCUCUUUACUGGGCAAGGUCGGGGCUGCGUUAACGACGAUACCAAAUCCAGUAUUAGGAGGUGUGAUGAUGGUCAUCAUUAGCACGUUGGUUUCCAUCGGGUUGUCGAACCUCAAGGACGUGGAUAUGACGUCAUCCAGGAACCUCUUGGUUGUGGGCGUGCCGAUAAUGGCGGGGAUUGUGAUUCCCGAAUGUCUGGACAUGUACCCUAAUAUUAUAAAUACAGGCAAUGAGGAGGCUAACAGAGUAAUUGCUGUCUUUUUGGGGACACCAAUGUUCUUAGGCGGUUUACUAGCCCUGCUACUUGACACUACUGUCCCUGGCACCAGGGAAUCCCGAGGCAUGACGCAGUGGGAUAAGACCCAUGCGACAGGAGACACAGACGUAGACGAUGGAGUCUACAGCUGGAGCUUCUAUCCACGCCUACAAAGAGUGUUUCCUGUACUUCGCUAUCUCCCCUUUCUACCAAAAGCAGUAAACUUUCAGCGAACAAUAGAAUACAACGUACACACAGAGAAAAUGGUGCCGUCAUGA